CAAUUAGUCGAAUUGAAACUUGUAUGUCACGUAUUGUACAUAUAUACGAACUUAUGGGUAAUAUAUGAUUUUCGAUUCAUAAAUUGAACCAAUUGAAUUCAAGGCUCAUCAUUGGGUAUAGAACGAAUUUCGAUCCGACUGCAAAAUAGUUGCGUCACAAAAUUUCAGAAAUUAACACUCGAUUCAGAUUUCCUUCAUAUAACAAAGUGGUGCUCAACUUAUCCUUUGAAGUGGACUUUCAGUUUGAGUAUUAUUUACAUUUGUUAAUUCUAUUUUAUGGAUGAUUUUGAGUUAAACCAUCAUAAAAUGAUGAACGGCAAAAAGAGAAGAAAACGCAAGAGUGAUUAUUAUUAUGAGACAGAGGAUGAAGAGGAUAUGAGCGACAAGAGAAAAAGUUUGUUGUCACAAGUUGGAGACGAGGAAGAAAAUAGGAAACAGAAGAAAUACCAGAAAGAAGAAAAAGAAGUUGGAGUUCCCUACUGGAAAUUGUACAAAUUUGCCACUCCUUUGGAUUGGUUCUGUAUUUUAAUAGCAGUAAUAUGUACAUCCUUGGUGGGCGUCUGUCAGCCCUAUUACUGCGUUAUAUUCGGGAAAGUAACAGGAGAUAUCAUAUCGUACGUUACAUCUUCUGCAAAUGAUAAUUUAACGAGAACAGAACAAGAAGAAUUAGAAGACAAGUUAUACUUUGAUGUAUUCAUUUUCUCGAUGAAAUCAGUAGGAUUAGGAUUAGCGACUCUGUUAUGCCAGUAUGUUGGUGGUGUAUUAUUCUCAUACAGUAGUCUGAGACAGGUUUUCAAAAUAAGGCAGAAAUUCCUCGAAAGAACACUAAAUCAAGAUAUCAGCUGGUACGAUUCGAACAAAACCGGUGAUUUUGCAACUACCUUUUCUGAGAACUUGGGAAAGAUUGAAGAAGGGAUAGGUGAUAAGGUUGGAGUCUUUCUCAACUAUCAGAGUGUCUUUCUAACAGGUAUGAUCUGGUCAUUGGUAAUAGGUUGGAAGCUAGCUUUGGUUUGCAUGGUAUCCCUUCCAAUGUCAACCAUCACGAUGGCUAUUAUAACCUGGAUGUCAACUAAGUUUUCCAAACAGGAAAUGGAAUCUUAUUCUCAGGCCGGGUCAAUUGCUGAAGAAGUGUUUUCCGCCAUAAGGACAGUUGUGGCUUUCGACGGUCAGAAGAAAGAAAUGAAAAGAUACGAUCAGCACUUGACAGAUGCGAGAAACAAUAAUAUCAAAAGAAAUCUAUUCAACGGUUUGAGUAACGGAUUCUUGUGGUUCUUUGUCUACGGUUGUUGUGCUUUAUCGAUGUGGUUUGGAGUUAAAUUAAUGAUCGAGGAAAAAGAUUUGCCCGAAGAUCAGAUCACAUACACUCCAGGAACUGUUGUUGCGGUCUUCUUCAAUACUUUAGUGGCUUCCUGGAAUUUCAGUAUGGGUGCCCCAUACCUUCAAAUAUUUGGUAUGGCGUGUGGUGCAGCCAGUAAAGUUUUCAAGGUUUUGGAUAGUGAACCAAAAAUAAAUUUAUCCCUGAAGAGGGGACUGAAGUUAAAAAAUCUCAAAGGCGAAAUAUCAUUUGAUAAUAUCUACUUCAGGUACCCAGCUAGACCUGAUGUGAAGAUCCUCAACGGUCUAACACUUAAAAUAGAAGCUGGUGAAAGUGUGGCAUUCGUUGGUAGUUCAGGUUGUGGUAAAUCAACUUGUAUACAAUUACUUCAAAGAUUUUACGACCCCAUUGCUGGGGAGAUCACGAUAGACGGUUCAGAUAUUAAAGAUUUGAAUCUUUCAUGGCUAAGAAGUAAAAUAGGUGUCGUCGGACAAGAGCCAGCACUAUUUGCAACAACAAUCGCGGAAAAUAUUCGUUACGGGAAAUUAAACGCCAGUCAAGAAGACAUCGAGAGAGCGGCUAAAAAGGCCAAAGUACACAAAUUCAUCAAAAGCCUACCGAAUGGAUAUGAUAGCGUUAUAGGUGAGAGGGGAACACAGCUUUCUGGUGGCCAGAAACAGAGAAUUGCUAUCGCUAGAGCUCUGAUCCGGAAACCGUCUAUUCUACUGCUGGAUGAAGCCACUUCUGCUUUGGACACUACAAGUGAAGCCGAGGUUCAGGCAGCUUUGGAUUCAGUCAGCGGAGAAUGUACAACAAUUAUAGUGGCCCAUCGUUUAUCGACUGUGAGGAACACUAACAGAAUAUUUGUAUUUAACGAAGGUAAAAUAAUAGAAAGUGGCACCUAUCAAGAGCUCAUGGAUAGGCAAGGACCUUUUUAUAAUUUGGUAAAAUCGCAGAAUAAUAAUCAAGAAACUGAUAAUGCCGAAGAAGUUACUGAACCUGCGGAAAAUGAGAUAUUCAAAAAAGAAACGUACAGAAGGGAGUCCUAUGUAGAUAUACACAAAUUUAAACACAGAAUGAGUAUCGGUGACAAGGAAAAGGAAGAGAAAGGAAACGUUUUAAAAGUAAUAGCCAUGAAUAAAGCAGAAUGGUUUUGGAUACUUCUGGGGUGUAUAUCUUCUAUAUUCAUAGGUGCAGCUUUGCCAAUAUACUCCGUUCUUUUCGGGGAUAUAAUUGGGACACUCUCUGUAGCCGAGAAUGAGCAGUUGAGGGAAUCUACGAACAUGAUUUGCCUUUUUUAUUUCAUUCUUGGAUGCGUUGCUGGACUCUCCUAUUUGAUACAGAUAUACUCGUUUGGUGUAGCUGGAGAAAAUUUAACGCUCCGCGUGAGGAGUAAAAUGUUCGCAGCAAUGUUGAAGCAAGAAAUGGGCUGGUUCGAUAGAAAAGAAAACGGAGUUGGAGCACUUUGUUCAAAACUAUCCAACGAUGCUUCGUCUAUUCAGGGGGCUUCAGGAAUGCCGAUUGGAACAGUGCUGAAUUCUCUAUCAACCCUCUUGUUAGCAAAUGUUCUUGCUUUAUAUUUCGAAUGGAAACUAGCUCUCAUCAUGCUUGCUUUUUUUCCGUUCAUUUUCAUAUCGAUUUAUUUCGAGCAGAAAAUAAUGCAGGGUGAUUCCGGCUUCAGGGAAAAAAAACUACAAAAAUCCGCUGGGCUUGCUGUAGAAGCCAUCGGCAGUAUUCGCACUGUAGUUUCUUUGGGAUGUGAAAAAUUGUUCCUGGCACGAUACACCGAAGAACUAGUCCCAUAUAUUGUUUCAUCGAAAAGGAAAUCCCAUUUCAAAUCCUUUAUGCUAGGAUUGGCAAAAAGUCUGAUGUACUUCGCUUAUGCAGCAGGUCUGAGUUAUGGUGCAAAAAUCAUCGUUAAGGAGAAGAUACAUUAUGGAAUUGUUUUCAAAGUUAUAGAAUUGGUGAUUGUCGGUUCUUGGUCACUGGGUAAUACUUUCGCCUUUGCACCAAACUUUCAAACCGGUGUUGAAGCAGCUGGUCGUAUGUUCACCCUUUUGAACAGAGUUCCGGAGGUGAAGAAUAUACAGAAUGCCUCAAAAAGGAAAUGGGAUGUUGGAGAUCUUGAAUACUCGAGGGUUUACUUCUCGUACCCAACCAGACCCGAUCUACCGAUUUUGAGAGGGCUUGACUUGAAGAUUUUAGGCGGUAAAACUGUCGCCCUCGUAGGGUCUAGCGGUUGCGGCAAGAGCACCAUCAUCCAACUUCUAGAGAGAUUCUACAAUCCUACCGCUGGAGAAGUAUGUGUGGAUGACGUUGAUAUCCGGAUUAUGGACCUUCAACACCUACGCUCUCACUUUGGAAUAGUCUCGCAGGAACCCAAUCUGUUUGACCGGACCAUUGCAGAGAAUAUUGCUUACGGCAACAACCAGAGGAGUGUUCCGAUGAGCGAAAUCAUAGAGGCUGCUAAGAACGCCAAUAUUCAUAAUUUUGUCAUAUCUUUGCCGAAGGGUUACGACACUCCACUUGGGACCAAAGGUACUCAACUCUCUGGUGGUCAAAAACAAAGAAUCGCUAUUGCUAGAGCCCUAGUGCGCAAUCCUAGGAUUCUACUUCUUGACGAAGCUACAUCAGCCUUAGACAAUGAGAGCGAGAAGAUUGUUCAAGAAGCUUUAGAUAAAGCCAAAGAAGGACGUACAUGUAUCACCAUAGCGCAUCGAUUGACAACGAUACAAGAUGCAGAUCUUAUUUGUGUAUUGGAAAAGGGGAAAAUUGUGGAAAUGGGAACACAUCAGGAGUUGAUUGCAAGGAGAGGACAUUAUUUCAAUUUCCAUAAGUUACAAACCAAUCAUUAGCAUUUUAACUAUGUAAUUUAAAGGCAGCAUUGAAAAUGAAAAUAAAAUGACAAUUUGUCAAAAUAUUGAUAAAAGGAAUACUUAUUGAGGCUAUGGCUUUCACACUAGCGAAACUCAAAGUGAUGAACCUAACAUUCAUGGCUAUAUUUGGUGUCGGAUGUAUAUGCAACUUAGUGCUCAUCAUUCUUCAACGCAGAGACUGGUCCUCCGCCACUGUCAUUAGUAUAGCAUUCCACAUAAUCUAUGUAUUCCCCUGUCCAGCAUUUACUCUUGGAGUCCUUUUCGAGAAGCGAGAACUCUUGGUGCCUCUAAUACUGGUGACAAUUCAUUCGUCAAUUCAUAAUGUUUAUUUAAUCAUUGUUGCUGCGAGUAUUGAACAUACUGGAGUGUUUUUGGUCUACACGAUAUUUCUGUACAUAUUUCUUUUCCUUGAAAUCUGUCUGAAUAUAUUUGGACUUUACUUGAAGAUAGCUUUGUUCAACUUAUAUACCUACGAUAUAAAGAAGAAACUAACUGUAGAAGAACAUAUGAGGCCAUACUGUCUAGAGAGAUUCGGGAAAUUCUACUGAAAAUAAAAAUCUAUACGAUGUAUAAAUUAUGCUAAUAGCAAUAUUUUCUGUUAGCUCUGAUUCAGUUUAAGGACGAGGAAGAAACAACAAUUUGUAGGAGUAGGUUGUAUAUUGUAUAAAUAAAAUUAUUGCGGUUUCAUGCCAA